AAUUUUGAUGCAAAUGUAUGGCUUCUCACUCGAACGAUUAGACCCUACGAACACUACACGCAAUUUUACAUUUAUGACGUCAUCAACUUCACAAGAUGGCGGUAGAAAGGAUAAGUCAUGGCUAGUAGACAUCCGACAGAAAGGUUGCCAGGAGGAGGGCAGCAGCUCCCCGAGGCCAUAUCGCCGUACAAGCGCCCUCGUGACAUGAGCCCCCAGCACCGGGAUGUAACGGCAGGAACGUUGUAUACCACACAGCAGGGCUACACCAUGAGCCAGUCCCACGUUGCAGGAAUGUACCCGCAGUCGCGCAACGUCAGCCGAUAUGUUGCGGAGAUGUCCCCUAUGGAGUUUCGCGACCCUCGACCUGAGUUACACUAUCCCCCCACCCAGGCCAGUAUACGAAGGAGACCGUCCCUUCUCUCCGAGUUCCAUGGACAGUCACAGAUAGAUAGAGACAGGGGCCUUGUCUACCACCGGCAGUUUGAACCGGUCAGGGCAUCCAGUAGCCAGCAGGCGUCGGCAUCGGAGGUGGUAGCACCAAAGCGCCCUCGCUUGACCAUGGGAGACAUGGACCACAAGCCCGUACGGCCCGUACCCCUGGGUAACAGCCCCCAGGUGAUGCCGGUGCAGCAGCAGGAAAUCAAGAAGAGGAAGGCUGAAGCAGCGCAUAAAGUCCUCAACAACCUUGGUCCCAUGAACGAGCUGCCCAUGUACAACCAGCCAUCGGAUAGCGUUCAAUAUCAAGAAAACAUCAAGACGAAUACGGAGAUGAAGCAUAGGUUGAUACUGUUCUUCAGGAAACAAAAUCAGGCCAGGAGAAUGAGGGAAGGAUACAUGUGUCAACGCUAUGGUCAGCUCAUGGAGGCCUGGGAGAAGAAGAUGGAAAGGCUAGAAAACAAUCCGAAAAGGAGAGCCAAGGAUGCAAAAGCGAGAGAGUUCUUUGAGAAGCAGUUCCCUGAGAUCAGGAAACAGAGAGAACAACAGGAAAGAUUCUCAAGGGCCGGUACGAGGAGUAAUUGGGGUAACAUCGCUCGCAGCGACGCGGAGCUGGCGGAGAUCGUCGACGGCCUGAACGAGCAGGAGGCAAACGAGAAGCACAUACGAAGUCUGGCCGUCAUCCCUCCCAUGCUCUAUAACAUGGAGCAGAGGAGAGUCAAGUUUGUCAACAGGAAUGGCCUGGUGGAAGAUGCAAUGACGGAGCACAAGACCCGGAUCCACAUGAACCUGUGGACGGACGAGGAGAAGGAGCUCUUCCGGGAGAAGUAUCUCCAGCACCCCAAGAACUUCCUCCUCAUUGCCUCCUACCUGGAGCGCAAGACCGUCUCGGACUGCGUGCUCUACUACUACCAGACCAAGAAGAACGAGAACUACAAGCAGCAGCUGAGGAAGUCCCAGGCCAAGCGCAGGAGGGGGUUCCCCAGGGGAAGAACUCUGGCGGCAACAUCAGGGGCAACCAGGACGACGAUGACAAGGAUAACGACAAGGAUGAGGACUCUAGUAACAAUCGUUCUGGAGACAAAGGAGGAGAAGACAAAGAUGGCGGAAGCUCUCAGAAUGGGAGUGCUGCAGCCGGCUCAGAAUGUAACCUCCCCUAACAACUGUUCCCUGUGCCAGAACCCUUUGGAUUCGUACAGUCUGAGUCGACCAGUGAACAGGACCAACUGCGACCUGUUUGGGAUGAACGAGGGGGACCUCAAGCCCGACAUGAGGGUCUGCAGCCACUGUAGGUUUCGCUCCAUAAGAAGAAGUCGGUGUCCAGUGCUAACGUGUAAAACCCCAAGAAAAAGGGUGCGGCGGUUAAAACCCCUGCCCACAAAGUGGUUCGAGAUCACCGAGGAUCAACGUAGGCUGCUGUCGGAGGAGCUGGGUAUAGCCGUCGAGGUCACCAAAUGCUGCGCUGCCUGCUUCAACCGGAUAGCUAGGAGGCUGGGGUCAGAGGGCAUGGAACCUGAACUGCCCCUCCUGCUGCCCCCACCCCCUCCUGAAGAGCUUGAUCCAACUCUUGGUCCGGAAACCUCUCGAUGGACGGACGAAGAAAUGAGCAUAGCGAAAGCAGGAUUGAGGCAGCACGGGCGUGACUGGCCAGCCAUUGCAAAGAUGGUGGGUUCCAAGUCGGAAGCCCAGUGUAAGAACUUCUACUUCAACUACAAGAGACGCUUCCACCUUGAACACAUCAUAGAGGAGCAUCACCGGCACGACAAGAAAGAUGGUGAACGCGAGCAUCGCCCGUCAAUUACCGAAAGUAUGGCCUCGACCGUCACGGCAGGAUCGGAGGACGAAUUCCAUAAUUUCAGUGAUGAGGAGAAUGAUGCGGACAAUGAUGAGAGCUCGGACACUGCUAGUGCCAGCGAGAAUGAUGAGAGUAACUCACGGAAAGUCAAAGUGAAAAUGGAAAAGAUGGAAGCAGAUGAAAAUCGAUCUCUUUUAAGUUCAAUGUCCAAUACUUUAUCCUCACAACCAGUCAUAGCGACAAGUUCCGCAAUGCCGACUGUUUUGUCCUCCUCGCAUGUAGCUUCAACUAGUGUGUCCAUGUCUCAGGGUGGAAGCAACGACAAGAGCCAGUUGCUAGCGGACAAAGUCAAAACGGAGAAAGCGGAUAUUAAAACGGAACCCGACUCAGCCAAUGCAGUGAAGGCUGAGGUCGCGAUGGACAUCACUGAAUCAUCAACCAUUGAUUUGGCUUCGAUAUCGACAGCAGGAGCAACCUCAGGACCUCUGCCGCCGGCAUCAUCAUCCACCCUAGCGUCUUCAUCAUCACAGGUGUCAGUGCUACCGUCUCAGGGAUUAAAGCAGGAGCCAGAGACCCAUGUGAUUGAAGACGAUGAUUCCAGCGCGACGUGCAGCGCCGAUGAGGGCACCGCCCAGGAUGACCUCAUGUUCCAUCCCGGCUUGGGGUCCAGGGCGCUGCCCGGUAGUAAGGGUUUAAUGAGCACGCCCCCAAAACUUGGAUCUGGAGACAAAGUCACGUCCAGUGACGAUAAGAAGUUCUUCAGCACCGAAGGCAUCAGGAUCAACAACAGACAGGUGGAUUCGUCAUCCUCUUCUAAAAGUGAUGUCAGCGGUGGGAUCGACAAGGUGAAGGCGGAAGAGGAUGGAGGGCAAAGCAGGACUUUGAUAGAUUUUGCAGAAUGUCUAAGCAGAGAUAACAGAGGUGUCAACAAUAUCAGGGACCUGAUUGAUUCAGCUAUUGACAAACAUUUAGGUAAUGAUCAAAGCCCUGGAGGUCCAGCUAUACCAAGCCAAGGCGGGUCGGGUGAUGCUAAACUCCCGGUCAUCGAGGUCAAAUACGAGCCACCAUCACGUAAGAACUCUCACGCAGACUCUAGCGAGAGCAGCUCAAGGCAGCAGGGACAGCAGCAACCAGGAACCACCUCCCCGUACCUAUCCCCUCACAUAUCCCACACCUCCCAGCACCAGCCCCAGGAGAGGGAACCAGGAGAGAUAGGGAGCACUCAUUCCGAGAUGAUGGCUCGUUUAGGAAACCCUAUCUCACCUCACCCUCACCUGCACGCUGCCUACCGCACGGGGGAAGCUUACGCCAAGGAGCUGCACCGGCAGUCGGAGAGGGACAGGCACCACAUCCAGUCGCCGGGGGGUUCGAUAGGGACAUCGCCUCGGCAGCCGUACCCUCCCCGUUCCAACUCUCCCUAUGCCCUCGUCCCGGCGACCGACAAACAUUCCCAGCCCCACCCCAGCACCUCCCAGGCCAGCAGCAGGAACCCCAUGCAGCAGCAUCGCCCUGGCAAGCAGGGGAUUCCCCCACCUGGCCCACCACCGCCACUCAUCAACAACCCUGCGGGGAAGCCCCUCAAGGCGGAGAAGGCAUCGGUUCUGAGUCACGUCCAAGGUGCAGGAGCAGGAUCCAUCACUCACGGCACUCCAGUCAACUUCGCCGUCUCCUCACCAUCCAAGUAUGAACAGAAGCCAUCAGUCUCCAGCUAUGCAGGGAUGAUGAAGGGCUACCCCUCCCAGGCCACCUCCCCUAGACACCAGGAGACGUCGGGGAGCGGGGCUGGCUCCAUCACGCAGGGCACCCCUGUCAUGAGGAGAGGGGCGGGGGACCAUCACCCCUCCCACCCAGCAGGAUCCAUCUCCAGGGGCACGCCCAUCGGCGCCAGCCAGCACGAGAGGGAGGUUUCGAUUAUCAAAGGUACCCCCGUGUCCCAAGAAAAUGUCAGAACCAAGCGGGAGUCCUACGACCAAGAAAUCCUGAGGUACCACCACCAACAGCAGCAGCAACAGCAGCAACAGCAGCAGCAGCAGCAGCAGCAUAGGAAUCACCAGGAGGCUGUGGCCAGGGCAUACGAGGCGAGGGGCGCUCAUAUCUACGACCAACAGCAGCAGGCUGCCGCAACGAGAGAGUGGCUCAAACUUCUCUCCAUUCCAGGUAUGCAGCAGCACUACGAGCGCAUGCCCACAACCAUCGACCCCAACCUCCUCAUGGCGCGCAACAUCGCCCACUACGGCGAGAACACCGCCAGCAUGAUCCGCGGCCAGUACGAGUCGGGCGCCUACAGCAGCUCCAAGGAGACGAUCGCGGGGGAUUUCGCCACGGCCAAGCAGAUGGCGUCGCGGCCGCCUUUCCCUCCGACCCCGAACAGCAAGGAUACGAGGAUGUCGCCGCACCAGCAGGAGGGGGGCAAGAGGUUCUCGCCGGCGUUGAGUCACCAUCCGGCUGCAGGUCACCUUGAGCUGUUGCCACCGGCGCUGGCGGCGACGAUGAUGCAGUAUGGACCGGGUUUCCCUCCGCAGGGCUUUGUAUAUGUGACCCCUCAGGGCACUCCGAUAUGCAUACCUCCAGGCACUCCUCUCCCACCCAACGCCUUCUUACAGGGUCACCCAGGGGUGUAUCCACCUGCAUCUAGCAGUCACAACCCAGCCACCACCCAACACCAUUCCCCAAAGAGCCCGCACCCUUCACCCCUGACGCCAGACUCAGAGUCCCGCCACAGGCAUACCAAAUCGGCCUCGCCCUUGGUCCAACCCGAGCGGGCCUCCCCCAGCGACUACCCCCAAGGCCAUGGCGCCAACCCCCAUCAUCCGCAGCAUCCUCAACACCCCCAGCGGGACCCCACCCGCCCCUGGCCCUCCAUCAGGGGUGACCAUCAAGGGGGCAGCCAGAAGUACAGACCCUCGUCCGGGAGAGGGAGUAGCCCCGGGGCCAGUGGGCCACACCCGCCCAUCCAGGGGGCACCAGUAGGGGGUAGCAUCAUGAGAGGUACCCCUGUCCGUCCAGCCCCUAGCAUCAUGUCAGGUAUACCCAACCCUGAGCUGAGGGAACAGAGAUCAGAAAGGCACAGACCAGAGACAUCUCAGGCAGCUAUCAGCAGAUUGCAAUCAUCCAGUAACAGAGGAGAACCCUAUAUCAUUGAUGAACAGGAUGUUCCUGUGUCUGCGCACAAAGAAGUCAGGAAAGUACCCAGCACAGAGUCCAGACUGAGCUCUGAAUCGAGGCACAGCACAGAGUCCAGGCACCAGGAGAAAUCAUCAUCCUUGAACCCUGACAGCAGGAGACCUUCUUACACCAACUCUAGUCCUGGUCCUGGUGGUGGAGGCGGUGGAGGGCCUAGACCGGGUCAGAGCCAGAGUCCUGCAGCAAGUAGGCAACAUCUCCAAGGACCACCUCCCGAUGAUGGAAAGACCACACCCAGAUCUUCAGCUAACCGCGAAGCUUUACCCAAAGAUGCCACAAUGGAUCCGCGCUACCAACAAGAGUUGGACAAACAGGAGCAGCUGAAGGAGCUGCCUGAAUCUGGAGAUGCGUCUAAGCUCUUUGCGUACCUGUUCAAGCCCCAGCCGAAAGCGAAGAAGGAAGGGGAGGACCCGGGGCAGGGAAGCACCUUUACAGCGGCCAACUUGAUCGAUGCCAUCAUCACAAGAUCGAUCAAUCAACCAACGGGUGAGGAUGUGGAGGCUGUCAACGAGGCAUCCCCUCGUGGUGGGAGUAUGUCGGAUAAGUCGGCUAGUAAUCAUGGCUCUGAGAGCAUGAGCAUGAGAGGUGAAGGCUCACCUGUGCCAUCGUCUUCAACGAACGAGGAACAGAGGAAGGUUCCUGAACCUCCCACUCUCAUAGCGGACUCUCCUGUAAGGGCAGUACAGAAUGCAGAAUCCUCACAGCCAGCAGACCAGUCACCGACCAACCGCGGUAAUGGUAUGGUGGAUAAUGGUGGGAAAAGGACUGUGACUCUUGCUGAACACAUCCAUUCCAUUGUGUCCCUAGGCUACAGCGCUGGUACAGGACACAAGCGUGGUGGUCCAGGUCCAACUCCUAGUAGAGCAGACGGUGUUGUAGUGGACACCACCGAAUCACCUGAUGGUGGCACAGCUAAUCGUUUGAACCCUAGAGGACGUACUAGCACAGAGGACAAUGAAGUGGGGUCGACCAAUGAUGCACGGAGUAAGAGCCCUGCCUCUUCUGUUCGCCCAUCGAAUGAUAUCAGAGCGUUGAGUAAUGAAUGGAGAGGCGGUGGUGAUGGUUCUUCAGUUGCUCAAGCCAUAGAGGCAAGCGUAAGAGGUCUGCCUUAUGAUCAAAGACCGGAUCGCUCCAACCAAAACUCACCCCGGGCUCGUAUGAACUCUGAACCUAUCCAACAGUCGGGUGUCUCGGAAGCUAGACAUGAUAGCUAUAGAGGUAGUAACCAAAAUUCCAAUAGACUUUCACCCGUAGCCUCGUGGUCUAAGUACAGGCAUGAAGCUAAUGGUCCAGACAGCAGCGUGGCUGCUCUAGCUGUUUCACAGAUGAGAGAACGUGUUCACAGCUCGCAGGUACCGACUUCAUCACCACAGAGCUCAGAUUCUGGUAAUCCCAGAGCCCACCCACAUGGACAAAGGAGGCAAUCUCCUGAAACAAGCAGUGACCCUAGACCUAGCUCUGGUGUUGGACCAGAUAUAUUACCAGACACAUCUCUAGAUAGGAAAGCCAUGUAUGCCUCAACACAGCCAGACUCUAGGAGUAUGCCCGGCUCCAGCAGUCAGGACAAGAUAGGUUCUUCAGCCUCUAGGGAAGCACAGCAUAGCAUGCACAACAGUCUAGGAUCGUUGAGUAGCAGUUUAUCAUUAGAACAGCCCUCGCAGAGUGUAGAUAGCAUUGCCCAUUCCAGGUUCCCUCCUCAUAAAGAGGCUAGGAACCGCUCCCCUGGUGCAAGCACCGGCUCCAGGUACCCCGGAACUUACACCAUCAAUCUCCAAACCAGCAUCAACCAUCUAAUAGACUCUCAGGUGAGGAUGGACGACAAUCAGGUGAGCAUGGAUGACUACCUCACUCACUUGAUGGACAGAGAUAGAGAUAUUCAACGCUCCUCGCCUCCACGGAAUCCAAGCCGCGAGAGCACCAGCACCGCUGAGUCGUCGGCGCGAAAUGUGGAUGAAUCGCGAGGUCCCUACGAGGUGGAGAGCAGCCAUGAAGCAGAGCCGAGACUGCUACCAGGGUCUAUGAGGGCAAACCAAAGACAAAAGAGUCCUGCCAAGGCAUUGGCAGACUCUGAACUGAGCUCGACCAACUCCGGUUUGCCUCAAGGCAGUGGUGGCGGCGGCAACGAGAAAAGCCUCUCGAACGCAUCAUCCAACCUGCACAUGAACUCUCAGCAACCCGUCCAGUCCAUCAUGGCCUCUUCCUCCUCCUCGUCGUCUGCUUCGUCGACGUCCUCCGCUCAAGCACAGCAGAACUAUCACUCUGGAGCCCACUCUGGAGCCCCUCCUCCGGCGGGUAACAACCCUUACGCCUACUCUGCCCUAUCCCUCAUGUCCGGGAUGAACCCGCACCCACAUAGACUGACCAGUCCCCAGCUCAGGGUGCCGUCGCCACACCCCAGCAGCGGUCACAGAGUCUCCCCUGUUCCUCCUGCCCCCUCCAUGCCAGUCCCAUCCAUGUCUAGAGAGAGGGAACCCAAACCCAUCUUAUCGGAACAGUAUGAAACUCUCUCAGAUAGUGAUUGACAUGUGAUCUAAAAUCCCAGUCAAAUAAUUGCAAAUUUGUGUGUCAAUGAAAUAUUAAGUGUACCAGAGUAGAUAUUUGUAUGUUGCAAGAGGAAAUGCUGUCCGAGUAUGAAUUCCGAUAGAUUCAUUCACAACUGAAUUUACAAAAAGAAAUUAAUUAAUUUAAAUAAUUUUCAUAAUUAACUGUUUUAAUCUAUUUGGGGAUGUAUAUCUGUUUGAUAUGUAUUUCCAAUGGACAGGAGCCCUAAUCAUCUCAUGCUUAGAUGAUAAUAGGUUGAGAACAUAUGCCAAAGAUGAUAAUAAUAUUCAAUGUAGCAAUCUUAAAUAUUCAUCAAUUCUAUCACUGCAGAGUUUUGAUUUGUUAAGUAGCUGGUGUUUUGUAACAUUUAUCAGUUGUAUACUCUGGCAUGAGAUUCUUUGUAUGUAAUUUGUGCUAGCACUACCCUUGUAACUGGUUCAAAUAUCACAAAAGAGAACUUUUAUACCUCUAGUUCUCAUUAGAAACCCUCAAAUUUGGCUGUAAGGGUGAAGAAAAAAAGGUUAACCCACUCAUUCUGUUAAUUAUCAGACUGAUAGAGUGUGGUUUCUUUUCCACCUGAAUUAAAUAUCCUUUUUCCAUUCUAGUCGACAACUUAUGUUUUAAUUUCAUUUGACAUCAGGUGUAUAAUGGAAUCAGUUUCCCAACUUGAAAUGUGUCACAUUGCAUUUGCAAAAUAAAAGCAUAACCUGUGUUGAACAUGAUCACCAAUACUUAAAAGAAAAUAAACAGCAGUUUUGAGUCUGUGAAAUAUGUCCGUCGUGAUUUUUAAAAGUUAAUUUUGAGAGCACAUUGCCUUUUGAAAAAUUUGCACAAGCAAGAACUUAUCUUUGAUGUAAUUUGAACAUAAUAUCCAUAUGACACAUUGAGUGUAUUUUUAUUGGCCAAGAGUUUUGUUAAAAGUCUUUGUGAUCAAUUUUGUUAAAAAUUAAUUUAUAAUUCCAUAUAUUCCUUGAAAUUUGUUAGAAAAAACUUGUAUGGACCGCAUUUCAUCAGACCAAUCAUGUUUAGUUCCAUGUCCAUACCAAAUUGCAAAAAGACGUUUGGAGUGGAAUUUUACCACACUACUCAAAAUCAGACUCCCUCUGUUAAAGUCCUUAUGCCAGGUACUCAAUGGUAUCAUGUACAUGAAUGGUUAACUUGGCAGAAAACAUUUGCAUUAAAUGUCCCAAUUCCAUGUCAAAAAAAAAGAAUAAAAAGAAUUCUGUCCCUUUUGUCUGCAACAGGCAUUGUUUGUAUGGAAUAUAUUGUCAGUAGACGUUAAAUUACAAAUUGGCUUCUAUUUCCCCUUCUCAUUUUGCAAAGAUCUUUUGUAGGGAAAAUGAACAUGACAAUCUCUACAGUUUGAUGAAAUUUACAAUAUUUGAUAAAAUUGCUAACCAAGCAGUACAUCAUUAUCAUCAUUCCUCCAUAUUAGGUUAUAUUUUAUCUCCAUAUUGAUAUAGCAUGUAACAUGGGCUGAUUACAAUAUUAUAUUAGGGUAAGAUAUCACUUUUAAGGAACGCUUUGUGACAUUUUCCCUUCGCUGGCAGUAUCUAAUAGUAUCAGUCAUAUUCAAUAUUGGUUUGUAUAUUUUCUAGAAUGGUAGUGUUAUUUUUUCAUUGUGAGAAAACAUUCAGUGAUAUGGAUAUAGUCACUUUGUAGAUGUUUUGUUUCGUUGUUUUAGUUCUGUAGUUUUUUGGAUGACAAUUUGUAGUUGUUUGUAACAGAAAGUAAAUGAUAUUACAAGUGACCAACAUAGAUAUCAUGUGAGGUAGUAUUUUUAAUUUAAUUUUUUUUUUUUAAAGCUUGGGAAUGAUAUCUGUAGGUUUUGUUCUCAGUGCACAAUGUGGAAACAGAAUAUAAACCGUAGUAAAAUUUUUGUUGCUCACUCUCUUCGGAAACCAUAGAGUUUUCCUUUCAGAUAUGAUUUGGUGGUUUUCCUAAACUCAGAAUUCGAUCAGGUCAAAAAUAAAUUUGCAGGGAAACGAUGGUAGCAAGCAAAACGGACAUUUUGCAGCAAUUGAUUGAAUAUCUUUUUCAGUUAAUCCAUCAAUAAAGUGAAUAAAAUCACCUCAAAGUCAGGUUGUGUUCAGAUGAUCAUAUUUGUGGAGGCGAAAUCAAAUUGGGAUCACGGCCUAGACGACAUUAAACAUAUUUCUCUAUUUCGUUGUAUGACAAUAUGCUGCAAGGAGUUGCUCUUUGCAAAUAUCACGGUGUGUACUUGGAGAAUUUAUUCUUCGGGAGUAAAAGAAUUUACCUGUAUUUUGUGUGUUCCUCCAAAUGCAAAGAGGGGAAGUUUUGUGUCUUUUUUUCUUUGACGAUGGUGUAAUGUUGACGCUAUCGAUAUAUGAAUUUGAGUAGCAUUUGUUAUAUGAACACAUGUAUUAUGUGUUAUGUGUUUAAAUGAAAAAAAGAUAACAAAAAAAUUCAAAGACAAUUAUGAAAUGUGUACAGUUUUCUUUUUUGUGAAAAUUUGAGUAAAGAAGAUUGACAAUGGACUUGUGGAAAUGCA